UCCGGAAGUACAGUACACAAGGCAGCGGAGUGAUUCAUGUAAUCAAGCGGAUAGUCAUUGCCGCCGUGAUGUGGUUUUGUUUUGUGAGGCCUCCAGCCAACAACUUGCAAUAUUUUUUCACUUUAUAUGUAUUUCUUUCUUAUUAAUGCGUGUGCUCCUAUAUGACGAUAGGCGUGGCAUUGAUGGUAGCGAACAGGCAGAAGGGAGGCCGAUGUAUGACGCAUUUGACGUCACGCUGCCGGAGAAACGAAAGGUGUCAAUCGAGUUGAGGAGCAACAAAACGAGGAAGCGCCACUUACUACCUCGACAUAACUAAAGAAUUCAGCCGAAAUUCGACUAACUUCAUCUUUUGUUUUGUUGGCGGGGCUAAAAGAACUUUUAAUAUGAUAUUUGUUAAAGAAAUUCUCACGCUUUGCUGUCUUCUCCACGCCACAGCUCCAUUUGGAACACCAUUGAACAACUACAUCAGCCAUUACGAAGGGUUAUCCUAUGACACUGAUGCUGUACACAAAAAGCACCAGAGGGCCAAGAGGGCGCUCUCACCUCAAGAUGAAAUCCUGCACCUCAACUUUCAUUCUCAUGGCAGAAAUUUCAACUUGCGCAUGAAGAGAGACACCUCAAUGUUUACCCCUGAUGUUGUCAUGGAGGUGUCAGGAGAGGAGAACCCAAUUGACACGUCUCAUAUCUACAGUGGAGAAAUCUUGGGAGAAAAAGAUACAGUGAGCCAUGGGUCCGUGAUCAAUGGCCGAUUUGAGGGCUUCAUUAAAACACAGCAGGGAACAUAUUAUGUUGAACCAUCAGAAAGGUACUUGGAGGAGAAGAAUACCCCCUUUCACUCCAUCAUUUAUCAUGAGGAUGACGUUACUUACCCUCAUAAAUAUGGGUCUAAUGGAGGCUGUGCUGAUCCCACGGUGUUUAAAAGAAUGAGGAAGUACCAGGAAUCCGCGAUUGACUUGCCUGUUAAAGUUGUCGACAAUGAGCAUGAAAACAGAGGCUACGGUCCUGUCAUUUUUAAAAAGAAGAGGGCAGUGGAGCAAGAUAGAAAUAUCUGCCAGCUUCUAAUUCAGGCUGACCACUUCUUUUACAACUAUUAUGGCAGUCGAGAAGCUGUCAUUGCACAGAUCUCCAGCCAUGUCCAGGCAGUUAACGCCAUUUACCAAAUCACAAACUUCAAUGGCAUCCGAAAUAUCGGAUUCAUGGUGAAAAGGAUCAUUAUAAACAGCACAAAUACCCAACGUGACAACCCAUUUCGUUUUGCCAACAUUGGAGUGGAGAAGUUUUUGGAGCUCAACUCUGAACAGAACCACGAUGAUUACUGCCUGGCUUACCUAUUCACCGACAGGGACUUUGACGGCGGCGUCCUUGGCUUGGCUUGGGUCGGCUCAGAAAACUCGGGAGGCAUCUGUGAGAAAAACAGACUCUAUUCGGAUGGGAAGUGGAAGUCGCUCAACACAGGCAUUGUCACCGUAAAGAACUACGGCUCACACGUCCCUCCGAAGGUGUCGCACAUCACCUUCGCCCAUGAGAUCGGGCACAGUUUUGGCUCUAAUCAUGACACUGGAAUCAAGUGCACUCCAGGAGAGUCUUCCAUUCAGGCUGAAAAGGAGCUUGGCAAUUACAUUAUGUAUGCCAGAGCUACCUCAGGAGAUAAGCUCAACAACAACAAAUUUUCAUCAUGCAGCAUCGACUCUAUAAGUGCCAUUCUCACAAUCAAAAAGGAUAGGUGUUUUGUUGUGUCUGGACAGCCUAUCUGUGGUAAUGGACUUGUGGAGGAGGGAGAAGAGUGUGACUGUGGCUAUCGCGAUCAGUGUACUGACACCUGCUGCUAUGAUGCCAAUGAAGAGGAAAGCAAAAGGUGUAAACUCCAACCUGGAAAGAGCUGCAGCCCAAGUCAAGGCCCAUGCUGCACUGAGGUGUGCUCUUUUAAGGACCAACUUCACAGUUGCAGCAAAGAGUCGGAGUGUGCCUUCGAGGGCAUGUGCGACGGAACCACUGCUCAGUGUCCCACCGCUCAACCAAAGGAAAACUUCACCUCUUGCCACGAGGACACACAAGUCUGUAUCAAAGGGGUCUGUUCAGGUUCCAUUUGCGAGAAGUACAGUCUAGAAGAAUGUACUUGUGCUAGUGAGAACGAAAAAGAUGAUGUGGCUGAACUCUGUCAUGUGUGCUGCAUGGAAAAAAUGAACCCUAGCACCUGCAGCAGCACUGGUUCGGAGAAAUGGGCCCAGUACUUCAACGGAAGAGUCAUUAAUCUGCAGCCAGGCUCACCAUGCAAUGAUUUCAAGGGCUACUGCGACGUGUUCAAGAGGUGUCGUCUGGUGGAUGCCGAUGGGCCUCUUUCAAGGCUAAAGAAAGCCAUAUUCAAUUCAGAAAUCUAUGAGACCAUAGCUGAGUGGAUCGUGGAUCACUGGUGGGCAGUGCUUUUGAUGGGCCUCGCUCUUAUUUUGUUAAUGGCUGGUUUCAUCAAGAUCUGCAGCGUCCACACUCCCAGCAGCAACCCAAAACUGCCUCCUCCAAAGCCGCUGCCAGGCACCUUGAGAAAAAGGCAGCAGCGGUACGCCGCAGCGAACGCGCCGAGGCAAUAUCGCCACCGCAGAGACGACUACCAAAUGGGUGAAAUGGGCCUCUGAGAUCUUGGCUCUCAGCCCUUUAUCUUCCCAAAUGUGCCUACAGUGGAAGCACUCGACAAGUCUUGGUGCAACACAAGCCACAUCACUGAAGUGAUACGAGGCUAAAGGAGUGCUGUUAUAACCUGCCUAUCGAAAUCUUUCUAUGGGCACCAGACUUUCACUCACCUGCUCUGUGCUCUUAACAUUCAUUUUUUUCACCAGAGACCGCAGCAGGAUUGCAAGUGAAAUUUGACAAUUUAUUACCAAUCAACACUGAUACGACUUGUGGCUGCCAAACACUUGGCAUACUCUGAGAUGACGAACGAAAAGGAACCGUUGAUUUAACUUUUUUCUGUUUCAUAUUAUUGCUGUUUUUUUUUACACAGUGAGGCCGAUUUCACUGCUUUCGCUGUAAGACCAAAAAUUUGGAUAGUUAUAAUAGACUCCUCCAGUGCCAUAGACGUGCGUUUACGUCUUUUGCCGGUGCUUUUUUUUUCUUACAGAGGUAGGUGUAGGAAUGCUGUGCAAGUCUUGAGGAUGAUUGUUUUUAUUUUUUUUUAUUCAUAUUUUCAGGGUUAAAAAUUAACUAAUUGGCUCAUAACCUAUGCAAACAUCGGUAAUAUUGAAUUAAAUGAAAAUGUCAAUGACAUAGACAGCAUUUGACGUCCAAUCCAUUUUGACUGGAAGGGGUGAUUGUUGCCAGCCGCUCCCAGUCAAAAUGGAUUGGCUGUCAAUGGAGUUUGGCUUUAAAUGUAUCUCAUGCUGGAGUUAAUGCACUCAUGUGGCAAAAUUUAGUAUUCUACAGUACUUAUUUUGAAUUAGGAUUAAGCGUUGUGUGUGUUUGUUUCUACACUGAAGUUUAAGGUAUAAAAAUUCAAAAUGGUUACAAUUGCAGCACUACUAGGCUGAUCUUAAAGUAAUUUUUUUGUACUGGAAUGUAAAUGGUCUUAAAUGUUUUUUUUUUCUUAGUUAUUCCAUUUGAACUACUUGAAAUGCAUUAACGGUCAUGGUUCUGUGAUGGACAUUUGUGUCAACUUUCUUUUUGCUAAACAUUUUAGCGGCGGUAAUACAAAAGUACGAAAAUGUAUUAAUGUGGGGAUUUUUCUUUUAAUGGAGCACAUGAGAACUGCAUUCUCAAAGUUUAAUGGAUAAAAUGUCAAAAGUUUGAGUCAAAUGGGUUCGGUUUUAGACCAUUGUUGUAAAUGUACCAUAAGUACUAUGUACUAAGAUUUGGCCUUCAUUUUUGGUCAAGUGGGAAAUUUCUAUCUAAUAAAUACAUUUUCCAAAAGCCUAUUUAACUCAAAAUUGCAUUUCACCUACCUACCAGUGCAAAUUGACCAACGUUAAAUUACAGUACAGUAGUGUAAUAGGCCCAAAGUGUUCAUUAUUUAAUACAGGUACGUGCCAAAAAAGUAGACUAUUAAAGGAAAAUCUAUUCUGUAUUUUGUUUCAAAAAGUUGGACAUGGAUAUUAUCAUUUCACAAAGAGAAUCAAAGCCUUGUUUCCUGAUUAAUGCAAAAAGACCAAAAAAAAAAAAAAAAGUGAGACAUUACCAUUUUAAAAAAUACUUAAAAAUGUUUAAUUAAUAAAAAGAAAAUAUAUUGUACUAAUUGGCUGCCAUUGACAACGCUAGGUGUCCAUCCAUUUUCACUGGAAAACUGUCACUGCGAGAUUGUCCCAGUCAAAAUGAUUUGGCCGUCUAGCACUGUCAAUGGCAGGCGAUGAGUUAAAAUACGUUUGUAAAGUCGGACAGAAUGUUAAAAAAGUUGGAAGAAUUUGUUUCCUAACAAGUGAAAAGAAACUCAUUAAAUAUUAAAUGUGAAUCUUUUGUAGCCUUGAUGCAAUCAAUGUAGUGGAUUAAUGGGUUGCCUAAUUCUAUUUUACCACUAGAGGGAGCCGCGUACCCAAUUUUUCGAACCACUAGUUUAGAGCAUAGUCAAAAAUAGUUUUAAAAAAAAGAGAAAAAAAUCACUGCAAUUGUUUGCAAAAUACAACCGAACAUCCGACCGGUUUUCUGCUAAUAUUUGAGACAUUUGCAAGUGUUUACCAGUUUCACAUCCCCAAAAUGCUGAAAUCAUGGCCCAGGUUUAAAAUACUAUCUGCCCCAAAAUAGCAAAAUAAUGUGUCCUGUUUCUGAGAUAAGACCGUCCAGGCUGAUUCGCUCGACUUCCGAUGUGGAGCGGAGCCCAAGAAAAUGUAAAGCUGCGAAGGUUAGGUGUGCUUUCUCCUCCUGUGCUGCUGCUUUCUUGGGUCUUGUUGACAGCGUACAAACACUUUUACUUUUGACAUUUCCCAAUGCUGGUGGUCAUUUGUCAUGGCGCAAAAAUAUGUCCUGGGAGGGGAAAAAACACAUUGAUAUUGCAUCAAAAAGAAAUGUAAAAUCCAAUUGGGGUUCAAAUCUAAACUCCGGUUUUAUGCUAAAAUAUGGAUGGAUGACGUUAGAUGAGGCGGACCAACCUGCCGCUCGAUGGCGGUAAAAUCCUACAAGAAUCAUGUGUAGUGUUUGUUUACCAAGUACAGUAUUAAUUUAUUGGCGGUUUAUCAAAUCAUUGGCUGCCUUUGACAGCAACAGACGCAGAAAAUUCAUAAGUGAUUGAUAAUGUUUAAAAUGUAUUCGACCAGGGAGGGGUUGGCAUUCCUCUCUAAGAUAAAAUCAUGACUACCUUGUGGCGAUUUUAAAUUAAAAUUUUACCCUUUAAUUUAUUGGCUUCUAUUGACAGUGAUGGACGAUAUUCUGCCUUUUGAUAAAUUUCACAGUUCUUUGCGCUGUCGUACAGCGCCCUCUCUUGGUCGCUUUGCGACAUCGUGUGUUCUCGCAAAUUCAAUAUGGCUGCACGUCUUGAGGCUCACACCUUAGUUGUGAUGUGUUUCCAAACAUUAAUGAUCCCUCGGCAAGAUUUGGUCGCUAGAGCCCAUCCCAGCUGUCUUCUGGCAGACUAUACCCUAACCUGGCGCCACUCACAGACGGACAGACAACCAUUCCUCUCUCGCCAUCGCACCACCACUGAAUGGGAAUUGAUCACGUGCUACCUGCGCUGAAGUCAGCAACGGCAGUGAAGAGUCGCGGGCUGAGGUCUCGCGCAGGAUUGAUGGGAUAGCCACAGUUCAACCCCAUGGACACGCCAAUAGCGAGGAUGAUCACGCCGAUGCACAAAGGCUCCAUGCCUUUUGGGGCGCCAAUAUUCUGCGAGUCAGUUAUGGCCAGGAUGCACAGGAUCAACGCAGCACUUCCUGCCACCUGACAAAACGGACAAAUAUGAAGUAAUUAAUGAAAAAACUCUCAACACAGCCUUACUAGUGAGAGGCUGCUCAGUACUGAAGCUCUUGUUUUCAAUGAGCGGAGGAACAGUUUUUAGUGUGAUGAAG